UGCCACCGGUAACAUUAACUUGCUCUGUUCUUUUGCUUUGGCCCUUGGAAUUUUUUUUUUCUUCUCUCGUGGCAUUUUGGAGGACACGAAAACACAGUGGCGAGCUCCAAAUCUCUGCUUCUCCGGAGGAUCGCGUCUAUUUUCUCGCAAACAAGAGAGAGAGAGAGAAGGAAGAGCUCUCGCGAAAGGAGAGAGAGUUUUUCUUCCUUCCUUUGUCUCGCCCUUUUUCCCCCUUGUGAUCCCCCCAUUCCAUUCCAUUCUCUCUCUCUCUCGGAGCCUCGGAUCCACGGUUGAAUCUCCGGCGGGGACUGGGAUUCGCGCGAGAGAGCAGUGAGAUUCGCGGGCUGGCUAGGCAUUGGGCAUCUGGGUCGCGCGAGGAAUUGGAGGAGCGAGCUAGAGGAGCAAGCUAGAGGGCUUCCCUCUCAUGGGUUGCUUGUGCCAGGCGCUCACUCCCAGGUAAGCCAUAACAGCAAGGCAAGGAGGAGCCGCGCGAGCGAUGCGAGAGAGGGAGCCAGGUAUGGCGGCAUUGGAGCCGCCGCGGCAUCGUCUCUCCUCCUCCGCCACCGUGAUCACACCAUGACGACGCCGCCGCUGGAAUGCCAAUGCUGAUGAAUCCCAGCUCGCCGCCAAUGUGAGUGGAAUCGCCCCGCAGCUCCUCCGCCAGCCCCCAAUCUCGUCGAUGCCUCCGCCGCCGGGAUUCCCCGUGGGAUAGGGAUUUGUCCUAGGCUCCUCCUCGCCGCCGCCGCGCGCCUCCUCUCCUGGCUCUACUGGGUUCCUUCUCCUCUCUAUCCAGGCGGCCUGGCUCUAGACCAGUACCUAGAGAACCGCCGGCUGGCGGUACCGCCGCCCGCCGCCAGCGGCAUAAGGCCCUCGCCUGGCGGUAUACCGCGCGGUACGCCGUCCUCACAGUUUGGGAUCCUAGCCAACUUAUCAAACUUGUCCUCUUCGGGUGGAGCUUUCCAUAGCGGCAGCAAUCCUUCUCCCAGCUCGCUAAAUUAUGCGCUGCUUGGAUCCAGCGUAGAUGUUCUCAGCCCAACUUCUUCCUCCGGGAACCUUGGAAAUAAUCCAUCCGCCGCCGCCGCCACCGCCACCACCACCACCUCGAGCGCGAGUUUGCUGAGGAGUUCCUCGUCGAGGCUCGAGCAUGAUCCGGGGCUGGCCAACUUCCAGCCUCCAAUGCAGCUGGUUUCCAGCGCUGCGCAGGAGCAAGCCAGCGGCGGGGCGGUGGUGGGAGGUGGCGGCGGGGGUGGCGGAAGCGGUGGUGGAAGCGGUGGUGGUGGUGGUGGCGGUAAUAAUGGUACGUCGACGAUCACCACCAUGCAAGACCAUCACCAGGCGGCGAUGGCGGCUGGGGGUGUGAAGUUGGAACCGGUGGAGCCGCAGACUCAUCAUCUCCACCAGCAAAUGUUACAGUCGCAGCAGCACCACCAACAGCAAAACAGCGUUUUGAUCCCGAAAGUGGAGGUGAAGCUCGAGGAGGAGCUCCACCAGCAGAUGCUCCAGCAGCAGCAAGCCCGGCAGCAGCAGCAGCAGCUCCAGGCUCAUCUCAGCCUCCUCAACCAGCAGAGAUUGCUCAAGCACCACCAGCAGCAGCUGCUGCAAUCGCUGCCUCAGAGCCAGUCUCAUCUCCACCAACGCCAGCAGCACCUCCAGCACUUGCAACAGCAGCAGCAACAGCAGCAGCUCCAGCAUUUGCAGCAGCAGCAACAGCAGCAGCAGCAGCAGCAGCAGCUCCACCAGCAGAACCAAAGCUUCGUCGCGAGUUCUUCCUCAUCGAGCAACGCCCCUCCGCCGCAGCACUUCCUGGCUCUUCAGCUUAAGCAAGUCUACGAGCCUGGCUCUUGCUCGCGCCGUGUCAUGCAGUAUAUCUAUCACCAAAGGCAUCGGCCUCAGGACAAUAGCAUAACGUUUUGGAGGAGAUUCAUCGCGGAGUACUUUGCCCCCCGUGCGAAGAAGCGCUGGUGUGUUUCUCUGUACGGGAAUGGGAACAAUGGCCGCCAGCCAACUGGUGUCUUCCCUCAGGACGUUUGGCAAUGUGAAAUCUGUGGAACAAAACCGGGUCGAGGCUUUGAGACGACUGUGGAGGUUUUGCCACGGCUUUGCAAAAUCAAGUAUGACAGUGGCAUCCUCGAGGAGCUCCUGUUCGUGGACAUGCCUCACGAGUACCGCUUGGCGUCGGGGGUCAUCGUUUUAGAGUAUGGGAAAGCCAUUCAAGAGAGCAUCUUUGAUCAAUUGCGUGUUGUGCGGGAUGGUCAGCUCCGGAUAAUCUUCUCUCCUGAUCUCAAGAUACACUCUUGGGAAUUUUGUGCAAGGAGUCAUGAAGAACUGCUUCCUCGAAGAAUGAUAGUUCCACAGGUGACCCAGCUGGCCACCGUCGCACAAAAGUACCAACAGAGUGUCGCGCAAACGGGAACUGCUGGACUAUCGUCACAGGACCUACAAACAAAUUGUAGCAUGUUUGUAACAAGCUCGCGAAAUCUUGCAAGAAACUUGGAAGUUCCGACGGUAAAUGACCUUGGCUAUACGAAGAGAUACGUUAGGUGUCUUCAGAUAUCAGAGGUAGUAAACAGUAUGAAAGAUUUGAUUGACUUCAGUCGAGAAAACUCUAUGGGACCCAAGGCGAGCUUGGAGAUUUUUCCUCGUCGGACAAGCCUUGGGGGUGCCUCGACUACUAUGGCUAAUGGAAAUCACCAGCAGCAGCAGCAGCAAACUUUGCUCCUCCAGCAACAUCAACAGCAGCAGCAUCAGCAGCAGCAUCAGCAGCAGCAUCAGCAACAGCAACAGCAACAAUUGCAGCCGCAGGAGUUGCAAAUCUCGUCAACUUCUCAAGAACACGAUCACCAACAUCAACUCAUGAGCUCCUCCACCAUUGCCCCGCCGAGACAACAACAUAAUCAUCAACAACAACAACAUCACGCACACCAACACCAACACCAAUAUCAACUCCAACACCAACAGCAGCAACUAGGAACUUCUUUACAGGGCCUUCUCGGCUCAUUCCCUUCUCUACUCCACCAGCAUCAGCAGCAGCAGCAGCAAAGUAAUAGCGCUACGAUAUCUCCAGCUUCAUCGCUCAUCAUCCCCAAGAACACCACCACCACCGCCAACAACAACAGCUUCCAGGCCGCGCAGAUCCUCACGAGCAGCAGCAACCUCCAGAGCCCAACGAGCUCCGGAAACUUGAUGAGCUCUCCUCCGGCAAUAAUGGGCAGUAACAGCGCCUCGAUGCUCCAGCAGCAACCCAGCAGCCAGCAGCACCAGCAGCAGGAUAGCGUCGUCCAUCAGCUCUUGCAAGAGAUGAUGAUGAACGCUGGGAGCAGCGGGAUGAUCUCGCCAGGGAAUAGUUUGAGCCACGGCGUUGGGAACGUAAACGGUUUUGGAGCCUCGGUGCUGGAGAGCACGUCCAACUUGGGGAUGGGCAUGAGAAGUACACAGCAGCAAAAGAGUUUGUAUAUGAGUUCUUCGCAAGAUCACAGUGGAGGAGUCCAUGACUUAGCCGAGAACGGGAUCUUGAGCAGUUUGGGAGCGGCAAAUGGUUUUGCAAGCUUGCCGUUUGACUGGAAAUCGCCGUGAGAUAGUUGUAAUACAAAGAGGUAAAAGGUAAUAGCAGCGAAAAGCUGAGGGAGCCAGAGAGAGAAAGGAACUUCCCCUGUGAAAGAGAGACAGAUUGAUCGUAAUUGUCAAAGUGUUCCAACAUAGAUAGUAUUCCAACUCUAUUACUAACAUAAUCAUUGUUUCAAAUGAAACAGAAAAAUAUAGUCCAAAAAAAUUGUUAUCUUUAUUAUCAAGAAAUCAAAAAGUAAAAUGAUAGGAAGAG